UUACAAUCGCCCUGCUUUGCGACCCAUCUCCAGGGCAAGUAAGCAGACGAUCGAAGCCAUUUUGAUCAUAAAAUUAAAUCAGUUAAAAUGGCGGGAUCAAUAACCAAACCGAAAAAGCCGAAAUCCAAGCGCACUCCCGUUCGCUUGAGGCACAAGAUUCAGAAGGCCUCGGCCGCGAAGCAGCGCAAGGCGAAGAAGGAAGCCAAGAAGAACCCACAAUGGAAGAGCAAGCUCAAGAAGGACCCCGGCAUCCCCAACCUGUUCCCUUACAAGGAGAAGCUGUUGAACCAGAUCGAGGAGGACCGCAUCAGGAAAGCCGAGGAGCAGAAGCGCAGAAAAGAGAUGCUCAAGGCUGCCAAGGCCGCUGGAUCUGAGGAGAACAAGGAUGAGAAUCGCAUGGACGACGACGAAGAGUUUGAAGGACUCGAGGAGGAUUCCAUGAUGGUCGAUGAGGACGAUGACGACAGCGAGGGGGACGACUCCAACCCUCUUGCGGCUCUCAUUCGCAGCGCCAGGAAAGCGGCCGAGCAGUAUGACAAGGAGCUGGAGAGCGGCGACGACGACGAGAUGGACGACGAUGAGGAUGAUUCUUCCAACGAUGAGGAGUCUGGCGCGAUCGAGGUUCCAGGCGGUGCUUCGUCCCGCAAGGCCUUCGACAAGGUCUUCAAGCAAGUUGUUGACCAAGCCGACGUUGUUCUCUACGUUCUCGACGCCCGCGACCCCGAAGGCACCCGCUCGCGCGAUGUUGAGAAGGCCGUGAUGGCUGCUGCUAGCGGCGGCAAGCGUCUCAUCUUCAUUCUCAACAAGGUCGACCUGAUCCCCCCAUCAGUUCUCCGCGCUUGGCUCGCCCAUCUCCGUCGCUUCUUCCCUACUCUCCCUCUCCGCGCCUCCAACCCUGCGCCCAAUGCGCACGUCUUCAAUCACCGCGAUAUCACCGUUCAGAGCACCUCCUCUGCCCUCUUCAAGGCGCUCAAGUCUUAUGCCGCGUCACGCAACCUCAAGCGCGCCAUCUCGGUUGGUGUCAUCGGCUACCCCAAUGUCGGAAAGUCCAGCGUCAUCAACGCUCUCCUCUCCCGCCUCGGUGGCCGCAACAACCGCGCCCCUUGCCCCGCCGGUGCCGAAGCCGGUGUUACGACCUCUAUCCGCGCCGUCAAGAUCGACCAGAAGCUCACCCUCCUCGAUUCCCCCGGUAUCGUCUUCCCCUCUACCGGCUCCAUCUCCAGCUUCACCCCCAAGAACCCAACCGAAGCCCACGCCCACCUCGUCCUCCUCAACGCCGUCCCACCAAAGCAAAUCGACGACCCGGUUCCGGCCGUCACCCUCCUCCUCAAGCGCCUCUCUGCCCAGCCAGAGCUUCUCGAGAAGAUGAUUCAGCUCUACGACCUCCCCCCUCUUCUCAUCAACCCCGAGAGCGGAGACUCGACAACCGACUUCCUUGUCCAGGUCGCGAGGAAGAGAGGACGUCUCGGGAGGGGCGGUGUUCCCAACAUCCAGGCUGCUGCCAUGACGGUGGUGACAGACUGGAGAGACGGUAGAAUCCAGGGCUGGUCGGCUGUCCCACCAGCGGUUCAGACCGGCGCCCCGGCUGCUUCAGCGAAGGGGCCGGCCAAGAUUGCCAACGAGGAGGUGGGUGCCGAUCAGAAGAAGAUUGUCACCGAGUGGGCGCAGGAGUUCAACUUGGAGGGCUUGUGGGCCAGCAUGGAGGCUGGUGCGGAGGAGGGGGGUAAUGAGGUUGAGAUGGAGUAGAUACCUUUUUUUUCUUUUCUUUAUCUUUCGGUUCAGUUGGCAUUUAUUUUGCAGGGCGGUUCAUUCAGCUUUCUUGUUUCGUUAAGUGGCACAAAGGCGUUUUGGCGUCGAGAGAGAGAGAGAAGAGAGAAACAAAAACUGGGGGGUUUAAAUGAAUGAAAGAUGGUGUAUUAUGUACUUUUGUGUCCUUUGAUGUCGUUUUCUUGUUUAGCAUGAUGGAAAAUACCAUAUCCGAAUCUCUCAAAGAACUACGAAAACGCAGGAGAAUUGGUCCAGAGAAGAAAACAACCAUACAUGUACCCUGGUUUACUCUUUUACUACUUCCCUACAAUAACCUUCCUUUUCCUCCAC